AUGGACGCGCACCGAACGAGCUUGAAGUUCGUGGAUCCCGAAGCGUUCGUGGAGCAGGAGCUGUGGUGGGACCUGGCGAAGACCUUCGUCGCUCCGAUUCCGAGCACUGUGGCAGAGCUCGAGCCGAUAAAGCAGCGAAUGCGUACCGAUCGGAGCUAUGCAUUAUCGAUUCUGCACGAUGUUGCGAAGUGCAGCUACAGCUGGCAGAUGACCCAGUACUUGAGCCAGGAGCUCAAAGACGACAGGGAAAUCUUUCUCGCCGCAAUCAGCCAACCAGAAGGCUGGAAGUGCCUGAAGUUCGCUUCACAGUCGGUCCGCAACGAUGCGAGCGUGUGUCAUGAGGCCGUAACGAGAAAUGUCGCCGCCUUGGAGUUCAUUGCGGGCCGUUUUCGUCGUGAUGGUAGGAUCCUCUCCAUGUGGCUCUCCAUCGCGCUGCAGAAAGCGAAUCAGAAGCUCGAGAACAAGUUCGAGAAGCACUGGAACAAGGCAAGUCGGCCCAAUGCACCCAGAAAGCGAGUGCGGGCGCAGGAGACUGAGAGUGCCAACAUGGACCGCGUGGUUCCCAUUGCAGCCUUGUGCGUCCAAUGUGGAAGCAGGUGCAUCUUGGUCUCCAUGGGGUUCUACGUUCCUGCCAGCAGAACGGCCUUUGCGGAGAUCAAGUACCCGGGCGUCAAGGUCAAGCAUGGGGAGUCACCCUUCGAUGCUGCUGCGAGGCUUUGCAAGAGCAGGCUCACGCCCCUCUCAGACUUCAUCGAGGUGGAGGCAACGUCUUUCGAGGCGAAGGAAGAGGAGGACAUCUCAAAGCGUACCGGGCUGCCGUCCCGGUAUCUGAGAACCAUCUUCCGCGGGCACAUGAGCCCCCUUGUACCCUGGGGCGAUUACAUGCAGUUCAUUCCCAGCCGAUCCUCGAGCACGAUGAGGCUUACAUCCAAGCACAGCAGUCUGGCACGCCGUUUCCUUCGAGCUCACCCCUUGUCGCCGGCCCUUUGUCCCGACCUCUUUGCGUUGAAGCAGGACCUCGAAAGCCCGGAGAUUGCGCUUUACGCCUGGAUGCCUGCGUGGGAGUUUGAAUACCUUCGAUACACGGCGCAGGGCGAGGCUUUAGUGGACUACUGGGUCCAACAUGGUGACUACUCUGUGCUGCACACAGACGGAAGUGCCCAGCGCUGCUUUACACCAGUUACUGCGCGGCCGAGGGCCGUGAAGCCGACGGCGACGACCAGGAGCAUUUUGUCGGGUCAGCGACUUAGCCAGCUCGCCAAGACCCUCACUUCGCGCAGGGAGAACACGACGCGGACAUACAAUCGCGUGUCGGUUCUGAAUCCGGAGCAACACUGA